AUGACGAUCGAAGAGCGACCUGACCAGUUCACCAACACCCGCAAAGCCGACUUCAACUCGAUCUAUAACCAAUCAGAUCCAAGAGCAUACUUCAAGGCUCUCACUCCACUUCAGUAUCAAAUUCCACAACAAGCACUUCCGUUCGUGGAGCGAAUCCUCGAUGUCUCUUCGCCUUCGAAAAGUGAUGAAAAUGUCAAGCCUCGUAAAGUUCUCGACGUGUGCUGCUCGUACGGAAUAAACGCCGCCCUCCUCCGCUACGACCUCACACUCGAUGCGCUAUCAGACCAUCUCGCAUCUUCUCCCAAACAAUCCGGCCGGGAACAGAUUAUCUCCGACAAGCGUUUCUUCGCAUCCAAGCUCAUCCACCCGGAGAUCGAAGUCCUAGGUCUCGACAUUGCUCCUGAAGCAAUUGCCUACGCGGUGAAGACGGGCCUGCUGAAAGAUGGAUGGGCAGAGAAUCUCGAGACAUCUGACCCAUCACUCUCACUGCACGAGGGAUUAAAAGACGUUCAGGUGGUAGUUUGCACCGGGGGAGUGGGCUAUGUUGGCGCGGACACCUUCUCACGCAUUGCUGACGCGGUUAAAGAUUCUUCGAAGCUGUGGAUGGUGACAUUUGUGCUCAGAGUCUUCUCGUUUGAUGGGAUUGCGGACGUCUUGGAGGAGAAACAUGGUCUCGUGACAGAAAAGGUUCCCGGAAAGUUUUUCCGUCAGAGAAGGUUCACGUCAAGGGAGGAGCAGAGUGCUGCCGUCGCUGACGUGAGAGCAAGAGGUUUGGAUACAAUGGGACUAGAAGAGGAUGGAUGGUUUUACGCGGAAUGCUACGUGACGAGGCCGCGGGCCUGCGAUUCCGACUUGGUGAUAUCCAGGGCAAGUUUUGGCACAUUUGAGUGUGCUUUUUGCACCAUGGGAUAG